GGCCCGGGGGCGGCAUUUGGAAGCUUCGGAGACGAGAAGGCGGACGUCAUUGGAGCCUCGCUCCUUGCUCGCCUCCUGACCGGCCUCAUAGCGCCCGCGCUGCUGGGUACCAUGGGGUCCUGGUCCCCCGCGAAGCUGCUCUGCCUGAGUGUGCUCGGGCACCUGGUGUCCCUGCUGGCAGGACAACAUUUUAGCAUGAAUAAGUGUACCCACGAAUGCCCCCCAUUGAACAGAGAUAUGCCCCAAAUUCCAAAUCAUCGCUUAAAGAAUUAUACUGAGACAUCGCCAUCUUGCCGCCCAAAAGCUGUCAUAUUCAUUACUGUAAGGAACAAAAUCAUAUGUGCUCAUCCAGAUGUGAAAUGGGUACAAGAAGCAAUUCGGUUUCUGGAUGAAAGUGCUGCUGCUCAGAAAAUGACCGGAGGAAAGGAGGAUAGAGGCAAAUUUGAAAAAUUAACAGGAGUAACAGGACCCCCGACCACCCAGGUAGAUGGUGGAGAGAGCACCGUUCCAGCUACCACCUUGGUUCCAAAAGCUGCCAAUACCCCUGUCUCAACAACCAUCAGUCCUAGCCCAAGCCCGACGCCUGCCUUCUCGGAGGAAGAAAUGGCCUUGACGACCUCCCCAGGGCUGCCGGCCAGCAUAUUUAGUUCAUCAGUGUCGUUCUCUGACUCCCUUCUAGUGGGAUCCACCUCAUCCAUGACGGGGGAAAAGAAUCUAGACGCUGUGCUAGUUUUCCAGGGAACUGAGACUUCCAGUAUAAAGGCUAUAUCUACAAGAAUGACUCCAAUUCUUGAGAGUUCUGAUUCAGGCCCCUUGGCUAAAGGGGAGAUAUCUGAGGAGAUGCCUACUAUUUCUUACCCUGGGGAGGAGGUUAUGGGAAAGUCAGAGGACCACUCUGAGCCUGUGGAGGAGAGGGAUUUUACGACUGAAAAUCCCAUUAUUAGUGAAGAGGCAAGCACUGUUUUAACUCUCACAAACCCCUUCUCCAACUUGGCUACCGAUGUUGCAGAACACUACUUCCCUGUCUCUAUCCCUGCCUCAGAAAGCCCCAAUAAAGGGCUGGUUUCAAGAACCAACCUACCUUCCAAAUUUGAAGAGCCUGCCCAUGCCACGGUUGAUCCCCAAAGGCUAGAAGUUGCCAUCACAGCCAUCCCGGACUCUCCACAGGCAGCAACCCGAAGGCAGGCUUUUGGCCUAUUGGCCUUCCUGGGUUUCCUCUUUUGCUUAGGGGUGGCCAUGUUUGCCUAUCAGAGCCUCCAGAGCUGCCCUCGUAGGAUGGCGGGAGAAGUGGUCGAGGGGCUCCGUUAUAUUCCAAGGAGCUGUGGGAGUAACUCCUAUGUCCUGGUCCCUGUGUGAACCCGAGUCCUUCUGUGAGCCUUCUCUGUCUGAAUCCAGACACCAAUCUUUGACUGAGUCAGCCACCCCAUUGCUGCUCUGGCCCUUGCUGGGAGUGCCAGUGGCAUUGCCCCAAACCUGAGUGCCAAUGACCCUGCCCCAAACCUGAGGCAAGAGCCUCCUCAGCUACCCUGGAAACCACCAAAGGGAAUUAGGGUGAGGGAUACUCCCAGUUCCUAGGCACAUUGUAGGAGGCAUGACCCUGCCUUGGAAGGUGCCUCGAAGCUGGAAAAUCCCUCAUGUGCCGCUGGUCGGUCAGAGGUUCCCCCUGUACCACGUUCUCUCCUCUGAUGAAUAAGUAUUUAUUGAAUGCCUCUGUCCCUUACCUCAUUCACCUCUUCACCACAACACGUGUCCAGCUCUGGGCUUUUGGGUUGGCUGAUUUGCUCUCAGAUUCUAUCAUUUCUCUGUACUCCCCUGGCUACCUGUAUCCUAUGUCACUCAUCCCACCUCCCUGGCUAGCUGAGGUGCUAUUUGACUCAGUCACCUGUACAGAAACCAAAUGCCCUAGCCGGGUUCUCAUUUCUUUGCAUGAGGCAAAUGUGGUGUUUCCUGAGGGUGGGUUGGCCCCCUCAAAGCCAGUGAGACAUAGUCAAAAAGAAAAGGAAUGAUUUUUGUCAAGUUGGGUUUUUUGUUGUUGUGGGGCUAGGGUGGGGG